CAGAGACGCGGUAACUGGAUCUGCGGGGCGGGCGUGUGAUCGGGUUCCGUUUCCACCGUUUCCUCGGUGGCCUGUGCGACCGGAGCCAGCGUGCUGGGCGAGGCCUCGGGGGUCGGGGCCUGAGGGGGCCGCGGGGAGAGGCCUCGGGCAGGACAGGCCGGAUCCUGGGCCCAGCAGACCGGGGGGGGCGCGGAGGUGGCCAGGCUUUGCCGGGGGCACCCCCAGCCCAGGGCCCCUCCGGGCCGGGCCGCCGGGAGUGGCUGAAAUCCAAGCUGGGGAGUGACAGGCGGCUGCUGUCCCCGAGCCGGCCAGCGCCGAUCCGCCUCCGCCCGCCCUCCGCCGCCCGCGGGCCACGUAAGAGCCGCCGGCCGCGGCCACCGGUCAGAGGCGGCGGGUCCAUGACGCUGGCAGGGCCGCGGGGCCGCGGGCCAGCCCAGCCGUGCCGGGCGCCGGGGGGCCGUCCGGGGCCGUGAACACAGCGCGCCGCCUGGCCGUCCGGCCGUCCGCCCGUCCACGAUGCCCACCAACGGGCUCCACCAGGUGCUCAAGAUCCAGUUCGGCCUCCUCAACGACACCGACCGCUACCUGACGGCCGAGAGCUUCGGCUUCAAGGUCAACGCCUCGGCGCCCAGCCUCAAGCGCAAGCAGACGUGGGUGCUGGAGCCGGACCCGGGCCAGGGCAACGCCGUGCUGUUCCGCAGCAGCCACCUGGGCCGCUACCUGUCGGCCGAGGAGGACGGGCGCGUGGCCUGCGAGGCGGAGCGGCCGGGCCGCGACUGCCGCUUCCUGGUGCUGCCGCAGCCGGACGGGCGCUGGGCGCUGCAGUCCGAGCCGCACGGCCGCUUCUUCGGCGGCACCGAGGACCGGCUGUCCUGCUUCGCCACCGCCGUGUCGCCGGCCGAGCUGUGGACCGUGCACCUGGCCAUCCACCCGCAGGCCCACCUGCUGAGCGUGAGCCGGCGGCGCUACGUGCACCUGUGCCCGCAGGAGGACGAGAUGGCGGCCGACGGCAACGCGCCCUGGGGCGUGGACGCGCUGGUCACCCUGGUCUUCCAGGGCCGGCGCUACUGCCUACGCUCCUGCGACAGCCGCUACCUGCGCAGCGACGGCCGGCUGGUGCGCGAGCCCGAGGCCCGCGCCCGCUACACGCUGGAGUUCAAGGCCGGCAAGCUGGCCUUCAAGGACUGCGACGGCCGCUACCUGGCGCCCGCGGGGCCCACGGGCACGCUCCGGGCGGGGCGCAGCACGCGGCCCGGCAAGGACGAGCUGUUCGACCUGGAGGAGAGCCACCCGCAGGUGGUGCUGCUGGCCGCCAACCGGCGCUACGUGUCCGUGCGGCAAGGGGUCAACGUCUCAGCCAACCAAGACGAAGAGCUGGACCAUGAGACCUUCCUAAUGCAGAUCGACCGGGAGACAAAGAAGUGCACCUUCUACGCCUGCAUUGGGGGCUACUGGGCCCUGGUCACCCACGGGGGCAUCCAGGCCACCGCCACCCAAGUCUCAGCCAGCACCAUGUUUGAGGUGGAGUGGCGUGGCCGGCGGGUGGCCCUCAAGGCCCACAACGGGCGCUACGUGUGCAUGAAGAAGAACGGGCAGCUGGCGGCCACCAGCGACUUCGUGGGCCCCGACGAGGAGUUUGUGCUCAAGCUCAUCAACCGGCCGCUGCUGGUGCUGCGCGGCCUGGACGGCUUCGUGAGCCAGCGGCGCGGCUCCAGCCAGCUGGACGCCAACCGCUCUGCCUACGACGUCUUCCACCUGAGCUUCAGCGACGGCGCCUACCACAUCCGAGGCCGCGGCGGCGGGUUCUGGCACACCGGCAGCCACGGCAGCGUGUGCAGCGACGGCGAGCGGCCCGAGGACUUCCUCUUCGAGUUCCGUGAGCACGGCCGCCUGGCCAUCCGCGCCCGGAGCGGCAAGUACCUGCGCGGCGGCGCCUCGGGGCUGCUGCGCGCCGACGGGGACGUGCCCGCCGGGUUCGCACUCUGGGAGUACUGAGCUCGGGGGUGCUGGGCUCAGGGGUACUGAGCUCCGGGAGAACUAAGCUCGGGGUGCUGAGCUCUGGGAGUACUGAGCUCGGGGGGUGCUGAGCUCAGGGGUACUGAACUCUAGGGGUGCUGAGCUCUGGGAGAACUGAGCUGAGAGUACUGAGCUCGGGGAGUACUGAGUUCGGGGUGCUGAGCACACCCGUGUCCCCAUUAAACCAUCUGUCCAGCGGCUGGUGGCUCGAGGCAGCGGCUGGGAUGGGGGAGGGUCUGCCCGGCCGCACCGUCACUCCGGAAACAGGGUCACCCACCGCCCUGCACAACCGCGCCCUGGGCCUCUGCUGGUCCCACUCUCCCCGCCAACUUCUCCCAAAAUCGGGAGAAGGCGCCCUCGGGGCUGGGCAGCUGGGGGGCCCCCGACAGGCAGCGGUGAGGGGUCCCCAGAGCAUCCCUGCUCCCAGUCCGGGUGGGGUUAGGGACCCGGAAACUUGGACAAGUGACACCCAUCUUCCCCAACGUGCUGUAGAUGGAGGGCCCCUCGGUUCCAGAAGCUC